AUGCCGCCCAUGUCAACUUCGUCGGCGCUGGUGACGUCGUCUUCGCCCGCUGCGCCACCUCCCGAGGAGGACGCUGAGUUACCCGUGGACCUGUCGCAGCUUCCGUCUAUCCCUGCGGCCAAGUCUUUGCUGCUGAUCAACAAUUUUGUGGCGAAUACCACGCGAUUCCUCAACCACUUUGCGCACGAGUGCGAGGAGCGAAUCACACGCGUAUCGGACAACGUCACAAGAGUGGAGAUCCUAUUGGCUAUUUUAGAGGCCAAGUUGAACAGCAUUCCAGAUCUGAAUGUUUCAGAUGCCGCAGUGAAUGGCGAUGAUGGGAAUUUGAACCUGAAUACGAACCAGAUGGAUCUAGGCAUUUCAGACCAAGACCUGCCCUCGAUGGAGACGAAUGGGACGCCACUACCACCUCCUCCACCCCCUCCAGAGGUAGAAGGGGCUUUAAUUGAGGGGGUCUUACCUCCUCCCCAUCCGCCGUCGAUGGACGGAAUGGAGGGUGCUUUAGUACUGCCCCCCCCUCCUCCUCCAUCGUCCCCUUCAGGAUCGAUGCCGCCUCCUCCGCCUUCGUCGAUGGAAGAUUUUGAUGACGACGAUGAGGAAGCUCAAGUUGAAGUGAAGGAGAGUGAUGGUCUUCCAGUGUUGAAGUUGAAGGAUGACCCAGUGUACGCCAAGUACUUUACGAUGCGCAGACUGGGCAUCCCGGAGCAGGUGAUCGAGCACAAACUGCUGAUGGACGGAAUGGACACCAACAUUCUCAAUAUGGACCCAGAAGGACCGUCGCCUAGCGGAGGGUUGGCGCCAACGAUGGACUCAGAGCCAUCGGGACCCAUUCUGCCGAUUAUGGCGCCGCCUCCACCGGCAUCAGACUCUGAGAGUGAUUACUCGGACGAUGAGCGUAUGGAGCUUCCACCCCCACCACCGUCACUGUCGGAGCCUAGAAGUGCUGAACGUCGACCGUCCGGGAAUAUCGGAAUGCCGUUCCCCUUGCCACCGCCGCCGAUUUCACCCACGUCGUCAGUUGGUGGACCAGCCUCACUGUUCGGUGAUGGCCCGCCUGGCCCUCCUCCACCGCCACCUCCGUCUUCGAGUGGCCGUCCAGCUCCGCCUGCCAGCGAGAUGGAGAGCUCCAGUGACGACGACAUUGAAGAAUUUGACGUCGAUGAUACACCACCUGCCUCUGCCGCCUCGGGCGUGAUAAAACUCAAAGAUGACCCGGCGUUUGACAAAUACUUUAAAAUGCGAAAGUUGGGAAUGCCGGACGGCGUCAUUCAGCACAAACUCAUGAUGGACGGGGUUACGCUCGACAUUCUAAACAUGGAUCCGGAAGGUCCAUCUUUUAAUGCCACUGGUGCAGCUCCAGUAGCCCCGCCGGCAGGAUCGGACCAGCCCCCUCUUCCUCCCGGAUUACCACCACCGCCACCUGCGCGGCCUGCGGGAGGGCUACCGCCGCCUCCCAUAAAGAGAUACGACGACUCCGACUCCGAUUUUGACUCUGACUGA